AUGUGUACACUGCCUGACUCCCACCUGAGAGAGCUGGACCUCAGCCGCAAUGCCCUGUUGGACCUGAAGCCCCUCUCUGUGAGUGCUGAUGGGUCCUCACAACCAUCUACUUGUGUUGAGGUGAGUGCUGAUGGGUCCUCACAACCAGCUACUUGUGUUGAGGUGAGUGCUGAUGGGUCCUCACAACCAUCUACUUGUGUUGAGGUGAGUGCUGAUGGGUCCUCACAACCAUCUACUUGUGUUGAGGUGAGUGCUGAUGGGUCCUCACAACCAUCUACUUGUGUUGAGGUGAGUGCUGAUGGGUCCUCACAACCAGCUACUUGUGUUGAGGUGAGUGCUGAUGGGUCCUCACAACCAUCUACUUGUGUUGAGGUGAGUGCUGAUGGGUCCUCACAACCAGCUACUUGUGUUGAGGUGAGUGCUGAUGGGUCCUCACAACCAUCUACUUGUGUUGAGGUGAGUGCUGAUGGGUCCUCACAACCAUCUACUUGUGUUGAGGUGAGUGCUGAUGGGUCCUCACAACCAGCCACUUGUGUUGAGGUGAGUGCUGAUGGGUCCUCACAACCAUCUAGUUGUGUUGAGGUGAGUGCUGAUGGGUCCUCACAACCAUCUAGUUGUGUUGAGGUGAGUGCGGAUGGGUCCUCACAACCAUCUACUUGUGUUGAGGUGAGUGCUGAUGGGUCCUCACAACCAUCUACUUGUGUUGAGGUGAGUGCUGAUGGGUCCUCACAACCAUCUACUUGUGUUGAGGUGAGUGCUGAUGGGUCCUCACAACCAUCUAGUUGUGUUGAGGUGAGUGCUGAUGGGUCCUCACAACCAUCUACUUGUGUUGAGGUGAGUGCUGAUGGGUCCUCACAACCAUCUACUUGUGUUGAGGUGAGUGCUGAUGGGUCCUCACAACCAUCUAGUUGUGUUGAGGUGAGUGCGGAUGGGUCCUCACAACCAUCUACUUGUGUUGAGGUGAGUGCUGAUGGGUCCUCACAACCAUCUACUUGUGUUGAGGUGAGUGCUGAUGGGUCCUCACAACCAUCUACUUGUGUUGAGGUGAGUGCUGAUGGGUCCUCACAACCAUCUAGUUGUGUUGAGGUGAGUGCUGAUGGGUCCUCACAACCAGCUACUUGUGUUGAGGUGAGUGCUGAUGGGUCCUCACAACCAUCUACUUGUGUUGAGGUGAGUGCUGAUGGGUCCUCACAACCAGCUACUUGUGUUGAGGUGAGUGCUGAUGGGUCCUCAACCAGCUACUUGUGUUGAGGUGAGUGCUGAUGGGUCCUCACAACCAGCUACUUGUGUUGAGGUGAGUGCUGAUGGGUCCUCAACCAGCUACUUGUGUUGAGGUGAGUGCUGAUGGGUCCUCAACCAGCUACUUGUGUUGAGGUGAGUGCUGAUGGGUCCUCACAACCAGCUACUUGUGUUGAGGUGAGUGCUGAUGGGUCCUCACAACCAUCUACUUGUGUUGAGACUCACCGGGUGUGAUCUCAAAGAUGACAUUUGUGAAACCGUUGUCUCAGCUCUUCAGUCAGCUGGCUCAUGUCUGACAGAGCUG